UUAUUCCAGUCGUUUUUGACUUCGCAGAUUUCUUGCUUAAGUGAGACUAAAAAAACAUGGCGACCACUUUCGCAGUUCGUACGAAAAAAGAGAGAAAAGCUGAACCGGUUGCAUUCAGUGAAGCUGCCCUGCGCCAAAAUGCGGCAGUUUUGGACUACUGCCGGACGUCGAUGUGCGCCUUGGCAGGAAGCACAGCAGGAAUCAUGGGACUGACUGGCCUCUAUGGGUUCAUCUUUUACUUUGUUACUGCCUUCAUAUUGUCAUUGAUGUUACUUGCAAAAGCUGGUUCACAGUGGGCGAAAUAUUUCAAGUCCCGGAUGGUACUGUUCACUGGUGGUGUAUUUGGUGGACUAUUUACAUAUGUAUUAUUUUGGACCUUUCUCUAUGGUAUGGUGCACGUUUACUGAUGUUUGCAGCCUUGUGUUCAAGCCUGGGUCAACACCAGGUCCUCGGAUCCUUGUGUUCAAGCAUAGGCCUCUACCCACAACAGGCCUCAGGUCAAGAAGUCAGUCAGAGCAGAUAUUGCCUCAAAAAGAACGCUUAUGGAUGUAUUUAUUUCUGUUUUGUAAACAAAAUUUAUUGUAAUGUUGGUUCUUGUAAUAAAACGGAUU